AGAGAGAGUGACAGAGUAACUCAUUAGCUCAUUAUAGCAGUACUUCUCUCAUAUUCUUCCAAUAGUUAGGAGCGUGUUAGUUAGCCGCGGUUUAAAGAUCUUUAUAAAGGACAACUACAGUCUAGUUUAUCUAAUUGAGCCUUUAACUAUUAUUGUUUUUAAGGAAGAUUAACUUAUGACUAGAAUAUGGACUUGAAGAAGUGAACUGCGGAAUCCCAGAAGAAGAUCUGGAGUGUGUGGAUCAAAAGCUUGAAGAAUGCAGACUGUGCCUGGUUUAAGGUGCAGAGAGCAGGGCGAAGACUCUUUACAGCAACUCAUGCCAAGAAUGGUACGAGUAACCGGAGCAGGAGGACCGACCUCCAAUGCUGUGGGUCUCCAUGGACAUCUCAGAUCUUCGAAACCCCCUCGUGAGCUUAGUGUUGAGGAGCAACAGGAGCUGCGGAGAAAGAUCAACAGCCGUGAGAGGAAGAGAAUGCAGGACCUCAAUGUGGCUAUGGAUGCUUUAAGGGAAGUAAUGGUGCCUUACUCUUCUUCUCCCACCGGUGUAGGGGGAGCACUGCAGCACCCUUACCUUCCGACCGGAGCCCCUCCGACUGGAAGGCGCCUGUCCAAAAUCUCCACGCUGGUGCUGGCCCGUAACUACAUCCUACUCCUUGGCUCUUCCUUGCAGGAGAUGCGGCGUCUGCUGGGCGAGGUCAGCAUUGGCAUGGGCGUCAGUGGAACUGUACCACGUCUACUGCUAACAGGAGGGUGGCCAUUUCUCACCGGGCCGGGACAGCUUCUGCUUUCCUCCCCUGAGCAGCAACUGGUUGUGGCAAAGUGCCCUCUCCUGCCUCAGGGAGCCCAGGAGGAGCCCUUGGCUUGGGGGUCAAGCAGCAUGACGGAGAGCCUGGUGUGCCAGUGUGGGGUGUGCAGGACCCCACGUGUGGUGCAUGUUAAUCCCGCCACACGUUUCCCAAAGUGAUUCCAACAUGCCUAGGAGAAAGACUAAAAAAGAACGAUACAACGACAUGCAGUUUUUUUAAUGUCUGAGGAGGGUGAGGUGUCUGGUUAUUUAAUUGUAUCGUAACACUCUACAAUAAGGUCCAAUUUGUUAACCUUAGGGAUAGUUUAUCUUACAUUUACAUUUAGCUGACGCUUUUAUCCAAAGCGACUUACAAUUGCUAUAUAUGUCAGAGGUCGCACACCUCUGAGGCAACUAAGUGUCUUGCUGAGGGACACAUUGGUGUCUCACAGUGGAUUCAAACCCGGGUCUCUCACACCCAAGCCAUGUGUCUCAUCCACUGCACCAUCACCACCAACCCACCGUUUACUGUUUUCCACAGAAGAAAAAGGUUCUUAAACAAUCUUUGAGCAAUUCUUUUAAAGCAAUGUUAAUUUCUACAUAUACUAAUACAUGUUGAACAUUUCAAGUGUUUUAAACUUGAAUGUGCAAAAAUGCAUUAGCUAAUGUAAACAAAUUGAAACUUUUGGUAAAGUGUUAUCAGUUUAUCUUUCUGCAAAAUCUUCUAGCCUUAAUGUCUCGUGUUUGCUUAGAAUUAAACUAGUAUACUGAAA